AUGGCGAGAGGACUGGAUUCAGAUUAUAUUGGUUCUAUUUCGCUCAUGGAUGGAUUUGAUAUGGGUAUCACGUUUGAUGGGUUUGGAGAAAAUAUGAAGAAGUUCAUGGAGUUACCGAUCAAAUAUCUUGAUUCUGCUCACGAUAAAGCUGUUGAGCUAGUUGAGGAUAUCCAUGCGCUGAUUUACGCUCACUCUCCUGAUGAUAAAUUUCCGGACAAAGACCAUGGGACAUUAACUGAUCCAUCUAGUAACGGUACCAUAACCGAGUCUCCCUCCACAUGUGUUAAAAUGCAGCAAGUUAACCCUAACGAAGAAUUCUCUGGUUAUCCUUCAUCUCUCGUUACCGCGGAAGACCAUUCUCUCGGCUCAACUGCUACUGAUGUUCAUGAAACAGAGUCGGUUUCAUCUACAAGUCCAGCCAUGUGUGCUUCUGAAGACCCCAUUUCACUUGAGAGAACUGCUGACACCAAGGAGGAAGUUACUUUUUGCAAUUCAGAGGAUCUCUCAGAUAACUGCACUCCUGAAAAUCACAAUUCACUAGGGGGUUCUGAUAGCAGUGACGAGGAAAUUAUAUUAUGGAAUCAAUGGAAUUCUGUAACAUCACGACAAUAUCCUGAACAAGCCACCGUAGUCCAAGAUUAUAUAUCUGAAGAAGCAAACGGAAAUAAAAUCAUCGAGCAAGUUGAACUCCAUGGUUCAGGACAUUCAGUUGCUUUUGAUGGAGCAAUUCUGCUUGGAAAGGUAAAUGGUGAAGAGCAAUCAGAAUUAUGCAGUGCGAACAGCCAUGAAGAAUCAACAAAGCACGGUUACAUAAAGAAUUUGUCUGUUGGGACUGUUUCACAUUACUUGAGUGCAGAGGUGUUCACUGGUGCUGAUGAUCCAAAUAUGUCUACUGACGAGACCACGGAUUUUGUUAAUGUAGACCUCCGGGUUGGCCAGGAGCUGAUGAAAUAUAACAAAGCAGAUGCAUCCUCAGUUCCUCAACCUAAAAACACAUCAUUCAAGAAAGUGUUGAUGAGGAGCUUGUCAAAUAAACUCCGGUGGUCAAAGAAGGAUAUGAAUGUGCAUCAGGCUGUCCCCUUUAGACCACAGAAAUCAGUAGAUAUUUGCUAUGAAGUCGUUUGUUCAUCAGAUGGUCUGGAGGAUGAUUGGGAACUCUUGUAA